AUGCUGGCAAUUGAAAGCAUUGAAACGUCUAUUGAUAAGAUGGAAAUAAGCCUCAAGGAACACAUGGAAAAAACUAUUCAUUCAUCCGGCAGAAUUUUGACCGGACGUAAAACAGCACAUGAUUUUGAUGAAAGUCAGCUAACUUACCUGCAGGCUCUUAGAAGUGAGUUAAACAAUAUACGUGCUAGAAUUACAGAACUUGAGAAAACAUGCAAUUCAGCAUUUAAACACACUUUUUCCGCUAUGAAAAGGAAGUCCCGCUCAAAGAAGCAAAACAGCGGCAAGAGCAAGAAAAUGAAGAACAAGCGAAAUGUAGCAAGAACAACAGAGAUUUUAAGGAAGAUUGCUCCAGGGUUCAAGGAAGGAAAGGCAUGUAAAAAGGACGAUUUAAGCGCGGGGAUCAUCAUGGGCAAUAGCUUUGACAUCUUCAAGCUGUAAAUUACUUGAUGGCAGUGCCAAAUACAUGGUAUGCAACAUUUUAGGUGUUGGUGGAAAUGUUAGUGAUGGCAGUGGAAGUUGGGAUGAAGCUGAUCAGGAUGAUAGUGGACGUGAUGACAAUGCAAGUGAUUAUUGUGAAAGUGAUGAUGGUAGAACUGAUGACAUAAAUAGAAGUGAUGUUGGAAGUGAUGUUGGAAGUGAUGUUGGAAGUGAUGCUGGGCAUGUAGUAAAAGAAGGAAUACCGGAACACCUGAAUGCCGGAACACCUGAAUGCCGGAACACCGGAAUAGUAUUUUUACUUUUGAAGGACAAUUUAAAAAAAUAUUUCAAAUCCAUAAGGAAUUUUUUAUUUAAUUAAGGCGUUUAAACAUGAAUAAAAAAUGUCAAUUUUUCUACAGUAUUAUUCAAUGCGGCAGUUUAGUAGACCUUAUUUACAAGGAUAUCAAACGCACAAACACUUAAUAACGCGAUGUCCCACAAGACAAUGUUUGGCGACGUUUCACCAUGUAAAUGGUGUUACUUGAAACUCGAUUGGGUCGGCAACGACUUGCAUUACGAGUUGUUGCUAAACAUUUUCUUGUGAGACAUCUCAUAAGUUGUUUUCCUCGAAGGAAUACAUAUAUUCGUGUGAAUAAAACUAAUAUCCCAGUUAUAUUCUACCAGGAUUCGCUGAUUAAUUUAAAUUAAAGUCUCGACGUGAAUUUGAAUUAAGUAAAUGUAAACAAUACACUAGUUAUUGUGGAUUUCAGAUCACCUCUCAAAGCGUGGUUCCCUAGUUUGUUUGUUGGUAAUUCCCAAUUAUUUAUUAAGUCUUGAGAAAUACGUUUAAUUCGUUGGCUAUAUAAGUAAAACACUGCAAAUUACGAGUUUAAGAUCGCUACGUCGGUAUUCCAGUUCAGUACUUCGGUAUUUGAGUAAGCAACUUAA